GCGGGUGCCGUAAAUCAGUUUACACGGUCUUCCGCCUCAUCUGCAAAUGAGUUGGCUGACCUUGAAAGACGAUAAAUUAGCCAAUAAUUGAAGGGCAAUUGUUCUUUCUACCCACAACGCUCCCUUCUCUCAUAGUCACCUUAUCGAUGCGCUUCUUCACCAUUAUCAUUUUAUUCUUCAUCUUUGCUCUAGCAACAGUAGCGUCAGACACUUGCGGAACAAACGCUCACGCCGAUCCAUUCUUUGAAGCGCCAAAUGAUGUUGCCGAAUAUUCUUUGGGCAAGAUUAUACGCUCACGAGAAGUGCAACUCAAUGUGACUGCUUUACCCAUGCUUCAAGCUGUCGGUAAAACAUACCAAAUCGUGUAUCGUUCACAAGGAUUCGAUGCAAGCCAACCUGAAGCGAACGUGAUGACUGUCUUUGUUCCGAAAACAUACAACCCUUCAAAAGUCUCCAACGUUGAGGUUGUUCUAGGUGCUGCUGCAUAUGACAGUAAUAAUCCACAAUGUGGUCCUUCACGUACAAUUCUUUCAAGCAACGUCACAGCCGAACUUUUCUCCGUUGGCAUUCAACUUUCGCUUAACCGGAUCUACGUUUUACCAGAUUUUGAAGGUCCCAAAGCAGCUUUUCAGCAAGGCAAUGUUGCAGCAGCGGCAUGUUUAGACGCUCUACGUGCUUUGCUGCAAUUCAGUACGAUCAUUCCUUCUACCUCUAAGGACAAAGUUAGAAUCGGAUUAGAAGGGUACUCGAAUGGAGGCCAUGCUAUUGCUUGGACUUUGCAGAGAUUAUACACGUAUGCACCCGAGUUGGAAAAGCAUGUCGUUGGAGCUUCAAUCGGAGGUGUACCCGCUAAUGCAACUCAAGUAGCACAAUUGGAAGAUGGUACUCGCAUUGCAGGAUUCAUUUUGCUCUCCCUUUUUGGACAAGCUAAAGUUGACAAGAGGGUAGAAAGUUGGAUCGAAAAGCACGGAAUUGCUGGUCAAAUCAAAAAAGCGAAGCAAUACACGGAAACUUUAUGUAUCGAUACUGUUUUGAAACCGUUUGCAGGUCAAAAAAUUUGGGAAAAGUACUUUAAUCUGCAGGCAGUUCAAGCAUAUGAUGAUUCAAGCUUGCCACUAUCGGAAGGCGUGGUUGCCACUCAACAAGGGCAAAGUUAUGCUGUUAAAGAGAUCACUGUGCCAAUCUUCCUCUUUCAUUCUAUUCACGAUCAAUUUGUGCCGAUCAUGACGGCGGAUGAAUAUCAAAGUAGGCUAUGUUCCGGUAAAAGUGCAACGGUGCGGUACAUCCGAAGUACAACGGAAAAGCAUCUAGGAAUGAGGAUCGUGCACAUCCCCUAUACCGCAUUGUUCCUGCAAGGUCAAUUUAGUGGGAAAGGCAUUCCUACAGGAUGUCAACGGGAGGAUAAAGCACUAACACUUGAUGAUCCCACCAACGUUGCUGCAUUCGGAAAUGCGACAAUAACUGCGUUGACUCAAGCUCUCCAACUAGCACGAUCGGAAGAAUGAUAACAAGUACAUGUGUCACACCUUUCACAGGGAUAAUAUUUUUGGAUGUUGUACCU